AUUGGAUGAAAUUGCAGUCAGCUGGUAUUUUUGGAUUUUGAUUGGAGGAAACUGUCUGUGGGCGUUAAUGUUACCCUGCGGUCAUUGAAGUGCAGUACGGGAGGGCGGAUCUUCAUCUUGGUGGCAGCUACACUCCGAGACUCCCGACAAACUGUCAAAAAUAUUCAGCAAACGAACCAUGGCAGAGCUGGACCUGAGUCUGAGCGAUGCUCUGACGGACAGUGUGCCCCAGGCUGGCCCCGAGGACCUGGUGGAGAGGGACUUUGUGGCCCAGCUGGAGGCUGAGGCCUUUGACGACCAGGUGGGCGAGACGGUGGGCAAGACGGACUACAUUCCCCUGCUGGACAACGACGGGACCAGGGCAGAUGCCGACCCUGUGUUGGAGAAUGGCGAGCAGGACGCCCAAGGGGCACAAAAACCUGUUACUGCAGGUUCUAAAGUGACACCUGGGGGACAGAUGGCAGCGUCACGCCCAGAACCACAGGGGGAAGUGCGUCCCAAUUCGGCAGAGCAGCAGGUCUUUGCAGCCCUCUCAGGCUCCAUGGCUGGCAUCCCUGAUCAGUGGAGCUCCCAGCUCAACAACCAGCCCCAGAUGAUGGACAGUGGACUGAUGGGAGAUUCUUCAGGUUUCUCCCAGCCUGCCAUGGGGAUGGAGAUGGGGUUAGCUCCACUAUCGGCAGAGAGGCCUCCCAGCAUCGCAGAGCCCCAGAAGCCCCCACCUCAGGCAGCCAACACACCCAAGGACAUGUCUGCAGGUGCCCUAGGCGAUGGCUGGCCAGACGAGGCUUGCAUUCCCACCGACCUGCCAUUCACCCCCAGCGUCUCCACGGUGAUCAGUCGCCAUGCCAGCCACCUGGCGGCCAGCCCCGAGGACCGCCCUGACUCUGGCUGGCCCCACCGAGAGUCCUCGGCCGUGGGGGAGGAGAGGGAAAGCAACGAAGGAAACGACCGCAAACAACAGCAGAAGAAGAAGAAGAAAAGGAGGCCCCGGGACGACGUGUACGACCUGGUGGAGAACAGGGGCCACCUGGAGGCUCAGGCUGAGAACACACCCCUGUCAGAGGGCCACCACAGGGUCUCCCCCCGCAAGGACAGGGACAGGAUAGAUGGAGGCUGGGAGCGCGAAGAGCCAGGGAGAAGUGGAGGCAGGGGAAAGAGGGGCAAGAGCAGGAAGAAGCUUCCAGAAGAGUGGGGAGUCACAGCCGAGCCCUUCGUGCCCUCCUCUGCCUCCUCUGCCAAUGAGCUCCCUGAAGGUGUGUUAGACCAACUAGUGCCCCCCAUCACCCAUUCCCAGCCCCUGGAGAACCCCUACUCCAACAUGGAACUGAGUCCAGCCAGUGAGGAGUUCUACCCAGACGAGGGCCUCAUCCCUCCAUCUCUCACCCAGGACCUGCUCUCUCUCACAGCUCCCACCUCCCCUCCGUCGGCCCGGGGCUGUGAGCUCCUGCCCACCGCCCCCAUCUCCAUGCCCACCAGUCAGGGAGACUUCUCGCCGAAGUGCACCUUCCCCAUGGCCCCACGUCCAGGAGACCCAUUCACCGCUAGCUACCAAGACCUGCUCAUGGAUACGGAGAACGCCAAAGAGGCUUUCUCCACAACCUUUCCCCUAGAUUCCCCAGUUCAUCAGUCGGGGGUCAAUGUGGUGUUUGAUCAUGACACCCCCAUGCAGGAUGUCCAUAUGAAAUAUGCCUUAAGUUUAAGCCCCACCCACCAACCAGAUCGUGACCUAUCCCCAUUGGAGAAGUUCAGUGAGCUCACAGCGACCGCUCCCCCUUUCUCCCCCUCCGACAGCUCCUGGCUCAUCAACGACUCCCACUUCAACAACGACUCCUUUGAGUUCAGUGACAUCACUCCAGGGCGCCCCCUACCUCUGGGCCUGGCCUUCGACACACCCAGCCCAGCCCCCCUCCGCUCCCCCAAAACCAUACCCGAAUUCCACCCCAAAGAGGGCAAAUCCCCACCACAGAAGAUAACCAAGAAGUCCCAAUCCUCCUCCUCCUCUUCCACCAAAAGCCCCACCUCCCCGGGGUCUGGUCUGAACCCCGCUGCCAAGCCCUUCUUCCCCAGCUUUGCCGACCUCACGGAGCCCCUGGUGGUGGUGGCCCCCAUGUCUGAAGUCAAAUCAGAGAAGAUGGACAAACCAGAGAAAGAGGAGAUGAUGGACAACUUCGAGAAGUUGGACCAAUUUGACAUGUUGGAUAAGCUAGACAAAGUGGAGAAGAAGGAUACGACUGCGAAGACUGAGGCGUCAGUGAAGGUGCAGUAUGCAGACCCACUGGACAAAGACGAGAAGAUGGAUCAAAUGGACAAGGCAGAGAAAACAGAAAAGCUGGAGCCAACAGAAAAGGUAGACAAAGAAGAAAAACCAGAGAAGGUGGAAAAAAUGGACAAGGGUGACAACACUGACAAAGUAGAGAAGAUGGACAAGGUGGAAAAGCCUGAGAAGACAGAACAGAAUAUUGAAAAAGUGGAGAAGACCCCAGAGAAACCGGAGACAGCGGUGAAGUUGGACACAUUUGACAAGAUGGAAACACAGCCUGACAAGGAGAAGACAGACCAUGUUGGAAAGGUAACAGUAACAGCUGAGAAAGAAACAGAAAACGUAGAGAAGCCCACAGACAAAGUGGAAAAGGAGGAUAAGAAGCCGGAGAAAACAGAGCUGGCUGAGAAAUUAGACAAGCAGGUUAAGGUGGAGAAAUCUGAGAAAAAAGAGCUGAAAAGUCCUGAGAAAAAGACGGACAAGAAAGCAGAGACCGCUGAUAAGGCCAAAAAACCUGCAAGUAAACCCUCGACCAAUGGGAGCAGUGCCACACCAAGCAAGGACCUGCCCAGUCCAGACAAGAAGACCAAGCCGGUUGCCGGGGCAACCAAACAGAGCGCCGCUAAGCCACGGCCGAGCUCGGCAGCAUCCACUGGUGCUGCCGCCCCCAAACGCCCCACCCCUUCCUCCACCUCCACCACCACCUCAGCCACCCUCAACAAAAAAACACCUGUGCCCAAGGCCCCUACCCCCACCGCUGGCCCCAAGCGGCCCUCGUCCACAGUCAGCCGACCCACAUCCGCAGCCACCACCUCCACCACUGCGCCACGUGAGGUCAAGCCCAAGACGACCAUAGAGAGGCGUCCUCUAGUGCCAAAGGCCACCACCGCCUCCACGGCUCGAACUGCUGCCCCCAAAAACGGCACUGCUACCAUGGCAACCAGUAAACCAGCCACGGCGACCCGCACUGCCACCAGCGCACCCGCAACCAGACGCCCUCUGGCAUCAAAGACUGACAGCAAGCCAGGAGAGGAAAAGAAGCCCAGCACUCUGAAGUCAACAACAGCGGACUCCACCCGGCCCCGGACCAGCACCACCCGCAGCUCUAUAGCUAGCACCACCAGCACCACCCCCCGUGUCCGCCCCUCCACCACCAAACCAGCCCCCCCCUCCUCCUCCACAGUACCAGAGAAGAAGCCCCCUGUUCCCCGCGUCCCCCGUCCCACCUCGGGCAGUGCCAGUACCACGCGUACCACCUCCCGCCCUGGCACAGCCCCCGCACCAGACAUCCGCAAUGUACGCUCCAAGAUCGGCUCCACGGAGAACAUGAAGUACCAGCCCGGAGGGGGGAAGGUCUCUGGCAGGAGCGACGCCCUGGCCAAAGGCUCCUCCUCCAAAGAGACCAGCGAGGCCAAAGUUCAGAUAGUCUCCAAAAAGCUGGACUUCAGCCACGUCACCUCACGCUUGGGUUCCAAGGACAAUAUCAAGCAUGUUCCUGGUGGAGGGAAGGUUCAGAUACUCAACAAAAAGGUGGAUCUAAGCAAAGUGACAUCGAAGUGUGGCUCCAAGGCCAACAUCAAACACAAGCCUGGGGGCAGCGAUGUGAAGAUUGAGUCCCAGAAAGUGAACUACAAGGAUCAGGCUAAGUCCAAAGUGGGCUCAAUGGACAACCUCUGUCACGAGCCCGGCGGUGGCAACAUCAAGGCUGAGGGGGCCCAGGAGAUAGCAGAGGGAAAUGGGGCUCCCCCCAGUGAUACCCCAGCCACGGUGCCAGGGCAGGCAAGCAGCCCCACCCAGGAGAAUGGGGUGAAGGAGGGUGCCCCCUGCGGAAGCCAGGGCCUCCAUGACCCCCAGGGCUUUGACUCACGCAUCCCUGAGACAAGCUUCUAAUUCUUCUUUGUGCUAUCCCUCUACCCUCUUCAUCUUAACCCCCUCAACAUAUCCUAUGUCCACCACUCCUCUUUCUCUCUCCUUCUCUCCUCUUUCCCUUUCUUUCUGUCCCAUUUCCACCCUUCCUGCUGCAGAUUGAGUCUUUCAAGCUCAACUUCCGCGAGAACGCCCACUUUCGCACGGACCAUGGCGCCGACAUCAUAACCUGGCCAGCCCCGGGCGACAGCCCCUCACCCGCAACGCAGCGUCUCUCUCAACGACUCCCUGACUUCUGCCGGCUACCGCCGCUGCCCCCCGGCUGGGACAGGGGGGCAACGGCACGCUAGCAGGACUCGGGUCAUGACCCUCAAUCCCACUCCCCACAUCCAAACACCUCACUCAUCCUAUGACCUCACUCAUGUAUCAUUGUCUUACUACGCCUGUACCUGCGCUACCUACCUACCGCUGUCCUGUGUUCCCAUUGGAUGAGCUGACAUUGUACAUACAGUAGACCAAGCUUCAGGCAGGUUGGGAUAACAUUGGGAGGGGAACGGAGGCUUGCCAUGUUCACUGUGAUUUCUCUGGUUGUGUUAACCUUGUAUUAACGUACUCUGAUGGCUCUCCGGAGAUCAUGGUUUCCAUUGCUACCUCUGGUCAGGUGAUGGGAGGGGCGAUGGGCUGUGUUGUAUAUGAACCUUUCCCUUCCGCGCCUCUGACAACAGCGAUAAUUUUAGAUCAUGUUUCCUCACCUCUCCAAGAGCAUAGCAUGGCAGUUGCAGUGUACAGUAGCAAAAGUUAGUCUUAACCAGUAUUACAGUACGUCCUAGUGCCGUUUUAGUGAGAGUAAUCUACCAGGCAACGUCAGCUCUGAACACACCUGUUUGCUUCACACAGACACCCCCAUAGACACUACCCAAUGGGAAACCCUCCUAGACUCACCUGUGGGUUAUGUACGCAGACUAAUAUGUGUGUAGAACCCUUUUACUUGUGAGCAUGUAGGGCUGUGGUGUGUUCCCAAUAACCAUUGAUUAAUUUACUCACUAUUCACUAACCAUCGACUCACUCACUGCCUCAACUCCCUCCUCUCUCAUAUCCAUGUACCCAGAGUCCAGACCCCUCUUUUUCACUGUCCAAGGGUUAAAUAUUUUUUUUUUUAAAGAGCACUCACUAAAUAAUAGGAAACUAGUAGACUGUACUUGAACAGUAGGCUAUUUAACUCUCUUUAAACUGUGUGUUUGUGAUGGUGUGUUUGAGUGAAUAAUACUGUAACAAUGAGCUGUGGUGUUCUGUUUACUUUUACAUUAGUUUAUUUUCCUCAUCGGCUUCGUUUUAAGGUUUGUUUCAUUGUUUUCUUCUUUAGUUUAAUUUCUCAUGCAACCAAUACGGUGGAUGGUCUCUUUGCCAAUAGGGCUCAGAAAUCCUCUUGAAUACACGCACACAUAUUUUUCUCGAAACAAAGGCACACAGUCAUGAAGAUGCAACUCCGUUUAGGGCUUUGAGUCUGAGAAAGCAUGUCAGGGGUGUGACAAGGGAGAUGAAGACAAAAACAGAUCAACAGGGAGACGUAGUGACGUAAAGACCUGUCCCCUUCAGUAUGUUAAGACAACAAUGUGAUGUGUCAGAAUAGUACUGUCUGGGAAAGUUCAAGAGAGUAAUAGAGUGUGAAGAUGAAUUAUGUGAAGGAAAGUGUCUUGGAGGUUGGUGGAGCUGUGUGUCUUGUACUGUACGUGCCUCCUGUCCUGCUUACCUGAAACCGGAAUGGGACUCGGGCUGGAAGCUCAAGCUGAUGGACCCUUGUCCCUGGAGCGACACAGACAGAAUGGCAUAGUUGAAAAUGAUACCGCCAAGCUGCGUGGUGGCACUGUAGUUUGAAUAGGAUUUAGAAUCAUUGUAUUUUGUGACCGGUCCUGCUUGUUGUCCCAUUUCAGCUGUUUUCUGAGGGUUCUGGUAAAGUGUUAUUGACAGUUAUAAGAGGACUUGCUGAAGGACUUGUUGGAACAUUAUUAGAGGUUCUGCUGAAGGACUUGUUUUGUCAGGCUGUUGGCAGUGGAACAUUCGAUGUGGCUUAUUUUACUCGUAGCAAUGUAUCCAACAAUUGCCUCCAAUUGCCUUUUUAGUGCAUGGCCAGGUAAUAUCAUGCCCAGAGCAGAAAGCCUAUGUGCAUUAUGACUUGCAGUGUUGUGGUUCAGUAUAUUUGUCCUUUGGGGCAAAUAGUCAGUGGUGUAUCUUUCUUAAUUUUUUUAAUAGUGGGCUGGAAUAAAAUUGGGGGCUGUCAUUUUGAUUCUAAAUUCUAUUGCAGUUUGGUAUGUUAUAUAAUUCAGUUUGUCGUGUUUUUUUAAUGUGUUGUACUCAAAAUGAGGACAGUACACCAGGUACUCUUUUUGAGGAAUGAUCCGUUCCCCAGAGAUAUGGAAACUAUUUAAAUUACCUUAAAUGUUUGAAAAUAUUAAAGCGGGUUCACCGUGAUGGAAAUUUGUAUUUCAUAAAAGGUAGAGCUAUCUCUGCACACACUGAUGGCCUCCCAUUUUGUUCCUAGGAUAUUAAUGAAAUAUUGUUUGAGGUUGUAAUAAUGUUUUUAAAUUAAAUUAAUCACAAUCUAUUGAGAUGUGAGUAAUAGGCCUAAUCCCCAGAGCCAAUAAAAGUAGAUUAAAAUGUUUUAAGAAAAUGUCCAAUACAUUCUAUUGUUAUCAACAAGAUGUUAUUUUAAAAUUGGAGAGGUUUGUAGAUAUUGAUAUUUGAGCGGUUUUGUAGUGCAGCAGUGAAUGUUGUGAGAGGAGCGGCUGCUGAGAUGGAUCGUCGCCUCUGGUGCCACGGUCCUCAUCUGAUGGUGAAAUUUCUCCUUGUGCCUGUCCACAGCCACUUUUAACUAUCAAUAUUCCCCCUGAUCUUGACUUACCACACUCACUGAUAUGUUCUCUCUGAGAUUGCAUACGGUUGGAUAUAAAUAGAUCUUUCACUGUUUAUACACUUUCGCCACAGAAAAAAAAAACAAUAAGGGGGUAAUAAGGAUGUUAAGUACAGAUUUUAUGUUAAUCUACCUUUAACGAUUUUAAUGGUAAAGGGUAUCAUUAUCAUUAUUGUUAUUGAGCAAGUCUGCCUUUUUUCCAAGAAAAGGGCUGCUGAAGUGAACAAAUGUUAUUGAGAUAUAAUGUGCUAUAGAUGCAACACUUUUGUUUUUCUAUUUAUCUUGUGUUCCCGUAGCGACAUGGUGGUUGUGUCAGUGGGGAGUGUUUGAGGGGUUAUAUGCAUGGGAGACAUAAUGAGGUCUGGUCCAGUUUGUGGAUUGCUGUCUAUUGAACAGUCUUUCUUUCACAAAUUGUAAGAGUUUUGUUAACUUUCACAUAACCUUUGUCCAUCCCCACAACCCCAGUCUUAAGAAAUUAAAAUAGUGUUAUUUACAGGAAGACAUUUAGAUGUGAUUUUGACAUUGUAGGAUACAGUGAACUUCUUGCGUUGAUUUGAAAACAAGAUACAUGUAACAUGGAAGGGAUUGAAACUAAAGUGUAGAAUUGCACUGUAUAACACCCCAUUGUGGUGCAGGGGCAUCCUGUUAAAGCAGGAAGUGGGAUUAGAAGUCAGGUCAUAUCUGUCAUUUAGGUAUAUUGUUGCCCUCGCCCUCCACGCACACACACACACACAGUCCUGGAGUGUCAUGGAGACGUCCGCACCCUAACACACCCUUGUGGAAGACUAACAGUAGCUGUCAGGUUUGGCUUGUGUUACUUAGAGCGCUCCAGUAAUGCUACAAUGAGCUCCAUAGAUCUGCUUCUACUGCUAGCGUACACCCAAUGUGCAAGUGUACUCAUAGAAAACACCUAUUUAAGAGCAUGCAGAAACAAAUGGAAUGUGUUCGGUAGACUUGUCAUUCGCAGAAUUAGUUUUUUGUUUUUCAUUCAUUUUGAAUUUAAAUUUUUGGUUUGAAAUAAGUGUUUAUUGUGGUUAAUUGUUAAUUAGUGAUGUGAUUAUUAAACAUGAAAAAAAAAAAGUG